CUGGAGCUGACAGAAUGCUCCCAGCUAAUUCGUCCGCUUGAAUGGAGCCCCAGUUCAGUUUCGGGGCAAUGCCUACUGAAGGCAGUAGACGGGCCAGCACGACGAGAUAUGGGUAUUUUGAUCCUAUCAUGAUGUUGUUUACACCAGAGUAAACUUCCUGGCUAUGUGCCUUAUUGCCUUCCGCCGAGCGUCAAUUACUCCUCGGCGUAUUUUGGUGGCCAGACCACACGUCCACUGGAGGCCAUCAACUUGCGGGCUUCAAGGGCUGGGGUCAGGGGAAGUUGAGAUACCUUUAAAAGACUUGAUUCUUCCCCAUGGAGAAGUUGUUUUAUUGCAAUAACCAAUAUUCGAUUUACACUAUUUCCACCAAACUUCCCUGACCAAAAUGUCUUCGAUCCCAGAGAAGAACGAGGCUUUAGCACAAGCCGAGCAUGCCGACUGCUUGAUUAUCGAUGGGGACUCAAAGGAGUCCAAUAUCCAAAUCGAGCGUGGGAUGCUGCUCUCUGGACUGCCUGACCCUGACGAAGGGAAAGGAGAGGAGGCGAGGAAGACGAUUGACAAAAAGCUGAUGUGGAAAGUUGAUCUUUGGAUUGUGCCAUGGCUGUCGCUUUUAUACCUGCUCUCGUUCCUGGACCGGGCGAACAUUGGAAAUGCCCGUCUCGCAGGAAUGGAAGAGGACCUCGAAAUGUCCGGCACACAAUACAACAUCUCACUUACCAUUUUUUUCAUCUCCUAUGCGCUUUUCGAACCGAUCACGAACACUUUGCUCAAAAUCUUAACACCUCGAAUCUUCUUCACUGCCAUCAUUCUGGCUUGGGGUACUAUAAUGACAUUGAUGGGGCUCGUCACCAGCUAUCGAGGUCUUCUAGCCGCCCGAUUCAUGCUUGGUGUUGCCGAGGCGGGUCUCUUUCCCGGUGUCACAUAUUAUCUGUCUUGCUGGUACAAGAGUUCUGAGAUUGGCGCGCGAACAGCGGUCUUUUUCUCGGCUGCGGCCAUUGCAGGAUCCUUUGGCGGUCUGCUCGCUGCGGCUAUAUCUAAAAUGGAUGGCAUUGGUGGCAAACCAGGCUGGGCAUGGAUUUUCAUACUUGAAGGCUUGGUCACCGCCCUCGCUGGUGUCGCCUCCUGGUGGAUGGUCCAUGACUGGCCCGAAACCGCGCGCUUUUUGACCAACGAGGACCGGAUCCGAGUUCAACGCCGCCUGAUUCUGGAUCGACAAGGGAGGACCGCUGAAGACUUCGACAAACGCCAUAUAUACGAAGCCCUGAAGGACUGGAAGACCUAUGGUUACAUGGUUAUCUACAUGGGCUGUCUGGUUCCGCUAUACGCGUUUUCUCUGUUCUUACCCACGAUCGUCCGAGGAAUGGGCUAUAAAGGCACCCACGCACAGCUACUCACAGUUCCACCAUAUGUCUUUGCAGCCGUGGUGACCGUGUCGGUCGGAUUCUUUGCAGACCGUACACGCUGGAGAGGCUACUGUAACAUGGUCACAGCGACCAUCGGAGCGAUUGGGUUUGCCCUACUCCUGUCGACCUCCAACAUCCACGUCCAAUACGCCGGCACGUUCCUGGGUGCGGCGGGAAUCUACCCGACCAUCCCAAACACUCUUUCGUGGGUCUCGAACAACACCGAGGGUUCUCUGAAACGCGCAGUGGUACUUGGCAUGGUUGUCGGAUGGGGCAACCUCACUGGUAUGGUCUCCUCCAACAUCUACCUACAGAGUCAACGGCCAAGGUACUGGACCGGGCACGGAGUCGUCUUGGCCUUCCAGGUUCUGUUCGUCUUGGGAGGUUCUGUCCUCAUGCACGUCGCCUUGAGAAAAGAGAAUAUGAAAAGGAGGUCUGGCUUGCGGAAUAACGCACAUGAUGGUCUCAGUGAAGAGGAGAAGUGGAUUAAAGGCGACAAGAGGCCUGAUUUCUUCUAUACCACAUAGGGGUGUUGACCCGAAAGCUAUCAUGGGAACAUGCCAGGGUGGCCUGGCCAUGGUACUUGUGAUAGCUCCUUAGGAUGCUUCCCCCUACGAAAGCAAUCAAAUGCCAUGGAAACGAUUCUAAAUCCGCCUCAAAGACGUAGCACGAUCUUUCCUACCACCUUGCCUUCCCAUAGCGACUGCACAGCCUCU